AUCUGAGCGAUAUGAUUAACAUCACGUUCACUCAGCGUUAGGAAACAUUAUUCUUCGACUUCUUGCGUGGAGAGAAAGAUCAAAUAAAACACAAUAAUCAUGGGCAACCGGAUGGAUGUGCAGAAUCUGUUUGAACAUAUCAAGUUCAUUUCUGAAGAAGCUGCGCACAUACUACGUGAGGCGGUUCCCUAUGGUACAGAUAUUCUCACAUUAACAAUGGAGGAUCUUAAUGAACUCCUGCCAGGUGAAUGUAAUUUUCAGCUCAGAAGACAUAUCAUGGGUCUCAUCGAUGUGUUUUUACAGAUCACCAAUGACAACGCCAUUCCUGGGAAGGGCACUGAUCCUGCUGGAGAGGAGAGUGAAUCUGAUCAGAAGACGAUUGUAUCACCAAUGGAACAUUCCACUGGUUCAUCUGGAGAUCUAAUAAUCUUGUGUGAAGAUCAUGCCCCGGAGGUCCUACAGUCCAAUGUUGAUCACACCAACGUGGAUAUGGAGGAGAAGCCGAUGGCUGCCCAGGAUGGCAAAAGGUCAAACAUCACCAGUGACAGUGAGGUUCCUAGGAAUGACACUAAUCCUGCUGGAGAGGAGAGUGAAUCUGAUCAGAAGAUGAUUGUAUCACCAAUGGAUCAUUCCACUGGCUCAUUUGGAGGUCUAGAGCAGAAGCCGAUAGCUGCCAAGGACGGCAAAAGGCCACACAAAAGCUCUAAAAAAGUGAAAGUCCACGUGCUGGUCACCGGAGAAAUUUUCAAUACUCAUGAGACCUUCAUGCAAAAGCUGAAGCUGCGGAUAGAGCUCUGCAGUGCAGAGAGCAGCAACAUCAUCCUGGUCUUCUGUCCUGUUGUUUCUCAUAUUAGGACAGACAUGGAGGCAGCAAUGGCCAGAGUUACAGAAGACAAACCUGUCAUCCUGGUGUUCAUGCACUACUGUAAUAACCCCAGUCACAUAACCAACAUCAUAGUGCAACCGUCCAGGAGCAACAUAGUGCAAGUCAUCCACUGCGCCUUCCAUGAAACUAUAGGGCUGCUGGAAUGUCAGGAAAAUGAGCAGGCGGUCAACACCGUGCAGUCAGCACUGCUGAGACUCUGCAGGUGUGUUGAUGUACAAGCUGAGGUCCCUCUCACCCAGUCGGAGAUUAAGCAGCAGCCUGUGGCAGCUCAGAAUGCCAAUAGGCCAAUCAUGACCAAUGAGGUACCAAGGACGGGUACCAAGCCAAUGACAGAGGAGAGGGAAUCUGAUCAAAGGACGAUUGUACCAGCAAAGGGACAUUCCACUGGCCCCUCUGGAGGAACUUCAUUUUUGUCUAAGACUGGACGAUUCUUCUCAAAGUCAAACUGGAAUAUCUCUUCAGUGAAAGUCCAUGUGCUGGUUGUUGGAGAAACUUUUGGUACUCAUGGAACCUUCAUGCAAAAGCUGAAGCUGCGGAUAGACCAAGACUGCAGUGCAGAGAGCAGCAGCGUCAUCCUGGUCUUCUGUCCUGUUGUUUCUCAGAUUAGGACAGACAUGGAGGCAGCAAUGGCCAGAGUUACAGAAGACAAACCUGUCAUCCUGGUGUUCAUGCACUACUGUAACAACCCCAGUCACAUAACCAACAUCAUAGUGCAACCGUCCAGGAGCAACAUAGUGCAAGUCGUCCACUGUGCCUUCCAUGAAUAUAUAGGGCUGCUGGAAUGCAAGGAAAAUGAGCAGGCGGUCAAUGCAGUGCACUCAACACUGCUGAGGUACAAGUGAAGAAACAGACCCUCUGCAGGGGAAACGUGUAUUAGCACAAAUACUGUGCACACAUCCAGGAUAUUAAUCAGAUUAAGCAAUUAUCCUCAGAAUUGGUAAUCAAACUUUGUGAUUAUUCUGCUGUGGAGUUAAACUAUGCAGGAUAUUUCCGACUAAGAAUCACCCACCAAAUAUAAAAACAUUAAAUAAUAACCCAACAAAUUACAAAUUUUACAGAUCAACAGUAACUAUCAAGAGAAUUUCUAACAUCUUAACUGUAUUGCAUGUGAUUGAAAAAAUAAACAGAAAAAAAUUCAUGACUAAUUUAUUUUAAAAGUAACAAAUUAAUUUGUCUUUUAUAUUUUAUGCUUUGUGUAUAAGGCCUCAUUGGAAGUCUAAGGCAUAUAAUGGGACACCCCCCAACCCCCCACUAUAUUAAUUGGUUUCAUGUUAUUUUACUUUAUAUUCUUUUCAUGUACUAAUUGGCUGCAUUUUAUUUUAUGGAGCAGGUGAGAUUUAUAUUGUUAUCCAUUGUAUUUUUUUAUUAUUUCAGUUUCUUGUUUAGCCGAUGCUAACUGACAUCUGGGUCCUGUCGGAGGACAGAUGUGCGGUUUUUGGAUUAAUGAAUGCGCAGGAGAGAGCUGGCGGUGUGUGUGAUGGUUGGAGUAAUACAACAAUAAAGCCUUUUAUUUGUUUUAAAUCUA